AUGUUCUGCAAAGCGACCCUGGUCUCUGUAGUCCUCGCUCUCCUCGCAAUCGCGAAUCCCAUUGCCCAAAAUUCUGGGGUCAGCGUUGCGCUGGGGAAGCGCAGCACAUUGACUCGUCCUGACGGGACCUUCGACCACGAGAAGGCAGUCCUACACAACGUCAAGACCCAGAAGUACUACCAGAGGAACAUUCGGAACGUGCUUGCAAACAAGGGCAGUCUUCCCGAGGGUUGGGAGGCUAGGGAGUUCCGCUCGGUCCCUGCCGGCCUACAGAAGCGUGCCACUGGCUCUGUAUCGCUAACAGACGAGGAUGACGACGCGGAAUGGUUGGGAGGCAUCUCUAUCGGCACCCCCAGCCAGCCUUUUAUCGUCCAAUUCGACACCGGCUCGUCCGACCUGUGGAUCCCCAGUUCCUCCUGCUCAAGCUCAAUCUGCAGCGGUAAGCACAAGUAUAAGGCGUCGGACUCCGUCACCACCUCCAAGAAGGGUGGUAACUUCUCACUCGUGUACGGCGAUGAGUCGAGCGUCUCUGGUCCUAUUUACACCGACGUCGUGACCGUCGCUGGCCUCACCGCGACUGGCCAGCACUUCUCUCCAGCCACGACGCUUUCGAGCGAGUUCGCAGACGAUCCGACUGACGGUGUCUUGGGUCUUGCUUACCUUGCCGCCUCGAGACUCAACGCGACCCCCUUCUUCAACACGCUGAUCAGUCAGGGCAGAGUUAGCGCAUGUGAAUUCGGUUUCAAGCUCGCCUCAAAAGGCUCGGAGCUCUACCUCGGCGGCACCGACACCUCACUGUACACCGGCUCGAUCGAGUACCACUCGAUCAACCAGUCGAUGGGCUUCUGGCAGACGACGGGUGCGAAGAGCGUCGUCGGCUCUACGAGCCCCAAUACCAACCUCGAGACGAUCAUCGACUCGGGCACGACGAUCAUGUACGGCCCGCCGAGCGCAAUCAAGACGUUCUACGCGGCAGUCUCGGGCAGCGAAGUCGUGAACGCGACCGAGGGCUUCUACUCGUACCCGUGCAAUUCGCCCCCGGCCGUCGGCUUCAGCUGGGGAAACAAGACCUGGCAGAUCAGUAGCGACAACUUCAACCUCGGCCAAGUCAAUAACGGCAGCAGCCAGUGCGUCGGCGCACUCGCAGGCCAGGACCUCGGUCUCGGGAGCAACGUCUGGCUGCUCGGCGACAGCUUCAUGAAGAAUGUCUACACUGCGUUCUCGUUUGAUAAGAAUGCUGUCGGCUUCGCCAGCCUCGCAUAAGCAUCAAAACACUCGGGCAUGUAGUAACGUAGCAUUGUUAUAUGUUCUUGUGAUCGCUCUGCUGUUAUCGCGGACCCUGUGCUGUGUGUAGGACUAAUUCGAACCCUUCUUAUAUC